AUGACAGACUCAUUUGAGUCAUGUUCCGUUCAUCAAUGUUCAAAUUUACCGAAUAGCGUAUGCAAUCAUUGUGAUCGUCAAUUUUGUCAAGAUCAUUCGAAUGAACAUGAAAAUCGAUGCAGUCAAACUCUACCACAUCUAAUUAAUACUAUUGAUAAACUUGUUGGUAGAAUAUCAUUAAUUGAACCGUAUUGUCUCGAACAACUUGAACGAUGGCGUGAACAAGCUCAUCAAUCUAUCAAUCGUUACUGUAAUAAGAAGCGUUAUGAUUUAAUUGAAAAGAAAAAACAAAAUUUAGAACAAGAACUUGCUAAUAUUCGAAGUACAUUAGAUGAAUCAAUUGAAGAACAAGAUGGAAUACAUAAUCAAUUUAAACAAAUCGAUCAUGAUAUUCAAUUAAUUGAAGUAAAACUUAUUGAACUUGAACAUCUUCGAUUAACACUUCAUCCAUUAAUUGUUGACGAAAAUCUAGUUACUUCACAACAUAUUUUUCCUUUACCUCAUCCACAUCAUACUAUUCAUAUUAAAUCUGGUAAUGAAAGCUCCAUUGCCAGUAAUGAAAGAUAUCUUCUUGUCGAACGAGAAGGUAAAUAUUUAUGUUUAUUAGAUCGAAAUUUUACUAUUGUCAACGAAAUACCAUUUUGUCAUGAUGGUGUUCAUAGUAUUUGUUGGUCAUCGAUAAUCAAUCGAUUUAUUAUUGUUACUUUUAAAGAAAUAUUUACUUUUGACGAUAAAAAAAUGAUACUUGAAAAAUGUUCUAUAUCGUCUAACAUUGAUUACUGGCGUGCAACAAGUUCGAACGAUACAUUAUUCUUAUCAUCAGCAAAAUGGGGUUCAUCAAUUCAUGAAUUUGAUCUUCAAUCACGAUUUCAAUUUAUUAAGGCAUGGUAUCCACCAGUAACUUGUGGAGAAGAUGAAAUUAUUUGUGAUCUUAAAUAUAUUAAUGGAUUUCUUGCUAUUCCUAUCUUUAAGAAACAUAAGGAAGAAAGUCGUUUUGAUUUACGUUCAUCAACAACACUUGAUUGUAUAUGGUCAAUUCGUAUUCAUGGACGAUGUCGUUGUUGUGCAGUUAAUGGUGAUCAAUGGUUAGUUAUGGAUCAUGAUGAUGGUCAAUUCUUUCAUAUUUCAGCUGGUGGACGCCUCUUAAAAACGGAUAAGUAUGAACAUCAUCAACGACUUGAAGAUGUAACAACUUGGAAUGAAAAUACUAUCGUUGUUUUAACUAAGAAAACAAUUAAUUUACAUGAAGUUUGUUAA